AUGAGCAUUGUGCAAGCACCCCAGCAGACCGGUCCGACGAGAGACGUCGAGACUUAUCAUGAUCAUGAUGAUGCGGAAAAGGCGUAUGCAGAGAAGCCGACGCCCACGGAUGAUCCUUUUGGAAAUGAAGAGAAUGGAGAGGUCAAGUAUCGGGUGAUGAAGUGGUGGCAAUCGGGAAUGCUGAUGGUUGCGGAGAAUAUCUCGCUGGGAAUCUUGUCGCUCCCAUCUGCGGUUGCAACUCUCGGCAUAGUACCAGCGUUCAUUAUCAUUCUCGGCCUUUCCGCAAUCUCAUGGUAUACGGGCCUGAUCAUGGGACAGUUCAAGCUUCGCUAUCCGCACGUACACAGCAUGGGUGAUGCCGGUGAAAUGCUCAUGGGCAAGUUCGGUCGUGAACUGUGCUACUGGGGCCAACUUCUCUUCAUCAUUUUCCUCAUGGCCAGUCACAUUCUCACCUUCACGGUCCUGUUCAACACCAUCACCGACCACGGCACCUGUACCAUCGUCUUCGGGGUCAUCGGUCUGGUGGUGAGCUGCAUCUGCGCCCUGCCCCGAACCUCGGAGAAGGUGUUCAUCAUGUCCACGGUCUCUGCAGCCAGCAUCUUGAUCGCCACGAUUGUCACCAUGAUCUCAAUCGGUGUGCAGGCACCUGACAAUGUCCAGAACGACAUUGUCACUGAGCCGACCUUCGUCAAGGCAUUCCUCGCGGUCACCAAUAUUGUUUUUGCCUUCAUCGCCCACGUUUCUUUCUUCGGCAUCAUGUCGGAAAUGCAAGACCCCGCCGAGUUCCCUAAGUCUCUGGCCAUGCUUCAGAUUGUCGACACCAUCAUGUAUAUCGUUGCCGCCAUGGUGAUUUACUGUUACGCCGGUCCUGGUGUCUCCUCGCCCGCGCUUUCGUCUGCUGGCCCCCUGAUGAAGAAGGUUGCCUACGGGCUGGCUAUUCCAACGGUCAUCGUUGCAGGUGUUGUCUUUGGUCACGUUGCCUGCAAGUAUAUUUACGUCCGCAUUUUCCGUGGCGAGCACGCGCAUCACAUGCACGAGAGAAGUUGGUUGGCCACCGGCACUUGGGUCGCUAUCGGUUUGACCACAUGGACCAUUGCCUGGGUCAUUGCGGAGUCGAUUCCCGUGUUCAAUGACUUGUUGAGUCUGAUCAGUGCUCUCUUUGGAAGUUGGUUCAGCUACGGCUUACCCGCUAUCUUCUGGAUGGUCAUGAACAAGGGCCAGUGGUUCUCAUCGCCCAAGAAGAUCUUCUUAUUUGUUAUCAACGUCGCCAUUCUCGGAUUUGCCUGCGCAAUUCUCGAGUAUCCCUCGAUUCUAACUCCAAGCCAGUGCGGACUGGGACUUUACGUCUCCGGCAAGUCGAUCAACAAGAGCACUUCCUCGGCCAGCUGGACCUGCGCCAGUAAUGCCAUCUAG